AUGGCUGCUGGGCGCUUAGCGCUUCGACCCAAUGCUCGACGCCGCGUACCGCGUCGGCCCAAAGUUCCGCGCAGCCGCCUUCGUAAAGAGUCGGAGAGUUUUGAGGAACUGUCGGAUUGGGCGGAGAGCGAGGAGGAAGAGGGGCAAGAGGGCACAGGGGAGGAAAGUCGAGUAUGGGCGGAAGCAGAAGAGACGACAGGAGGCGGCGGUGGCGGAGAGAGUGAGCGAGAGGACAGUGCCGACAGCGGCGACGAGGGCAGUGUGGCAUCGCAAUCGACAUACCUCAUGCUCAACCCGUUUGCCGUGCGCGAGGAGGUAAGGCGGAUGAGCCAGCGGGUACAGCCCGUCCUGGAGGCCGCCGUGGCGCUGGGGCUGGACUUGGCGGGCUCGGCGGAGAGCGGCGGGGCGGGCACAGAGGGCGGGGAGGUGGCGGCGGCGGAGUUCUACUCGGCGGUGGACCGCGUGAGGGACGCGGUGGGCGCCAUGGAGGCGGAGAUCGAGCGCAGCCGACAGCUGCUCACUUCAGCCAUGGAGGUUCUCGCGGCCGCCUUCGACAAGCAUAUCGGAGCUGUCGAUGCGCUGGAAUGUUUUCCCCCAACGGCCGCCACCUCCCCUUCCGUGCGUGGCGGACUGCCGCCCCUCCCCGAGCUGCGCUGUCCCCCUUCACCCGCCUCCGCAUAUGCACCGUCCGGAUGCGAGGGCUCGGCGCGCUGGGGGGAGCGCGCGGCGGGGGGCGAGAUGGUGGCGCGGCUGCAGGCGAUGGCGAAGCGGCUGUUCGAGAACGGCGAGCGGCACACGCUGUUCCACACGUACAAGCGACGGCGGGGCGCCGUGGUGCGAGCAGCGCUGGCGGCAGCGGGAGUGGGAGUGGAGGACCAGGAGGGGGCGGGCCAGGCGGAGUGGUCGUGGGAGGAGGCGGGCAAGCGGCUGAGGGAGUGGCGCGCGCACCUCCGAUUCGGACUGGCGCUGUGCUUGGCGGAGCAGCGGCUGAGCGAGGCGGUGCUGGGCGGCAUGGGGCAUCUGCGGCAGGAGUGCGUGGAGGACCUCCUCGCGCCCUCCUUCACCGCGCUGCUCGCCCUGCCUACCCUCCUCGCCGCCUCGCCCCCCUCGCUGCACGCGCUGCUGCACGCGCUCUCCACGUUCCACGCGCUCAGGGACGGUUACCCGCAGGUACAGACCUGGGAGAAGGUGGGGUUGCGGGCUGGGACAGACGAGAGAGGCAGUGAGAUGUUCCAACGGGCAGAGGGUUCCCCCAGCGGCACUGCAGGGGAGGCGCAGGAGACAUUUGAGUCUGCUCCAACGCGCAUGCUGGUGGCGGAGCUGUACCCCCGGCGCACGCAGAGGCAGCGGCGGCAGUACCUGGAGGUGCUGGCGCGCGUGGCGGGCGUGGCGAGGAGCGCCUUCCUCGCCACCGAGACCGCCUGGUCCCACCCCGCCCUGCUCGCCCUGCUGCUGGACGGGCAGGGCAAGGGGCAGGGCAAGGGGCAGGCCACGGGGCAGGCCACGGGGCAGGCCACGGGGCAGGCCACGGGGCAGGGGCAGGAGGAGGGAGGCACGCAGGCAGGGAGCGAGAGGGGCGAGGAGAAGGAAGGACCGGUGGUGAUAACGGUGCUGGCGCAAGGGGAUGCAGGCGAUGAUGGCUCUCAGCAGGGGGGUGCAGCUGAGGCAGAGAAGGUGGAGGCGGAGGGAGUAGAGGGCGGUGGUGUGAGUGGAGAGGGCACGGCGGACACGGUGACAGCAGCAAGUGGCAACACCACUGCGCCAGCAGGCAUGGGCGUGGGGCAGCGCAAGGGACGCAGUCUCUUGCUGCGGUAUGCACCUCACACACGCUGCCUACCCUCUGUGCCUGAGUUCCGUACCUGCCUCCAUCCCUGCCCUCCAUGCCUGUGCUCCAUGCCUGUCCCUGUGCUUGUCCUCCGUGCCUGCCUGCUUCCGUUCCUGCCUUCCGCGCGUGCCUUCUGCGCGUGCGUUCCGUGCGUGCCUUCCGUACCUUCCCGCUUUGUUUUCAGUCGGAGUGUGCAAAUCUCUGCAUGCUCAGAGUGGCGAGGAGGAGGCACUGUCUGCAAGUCUCCUCCUGUCUUUGCAACUUUCUGUCGGCGGCCACCACAGGCGGCACCCCAGUCGGCAGCGACAGCAGGGGGGCCAGGGGCGGGUGUGUUGGCAUGCUUCCAGCCCAUCACGGGCGCCGUGGACCCCGUCACACUGCACCUCCUCGACACCUUCCACCUCCUCUGCUCCCACGACCUGCCGUACCGCCGGCUGCUGGAGGAGGUGUUGGACAUGCACCCCACCCCUGCGCCCGCUGCCUCCCUCGCCUCCUCCCCCUGCGCCUCGCCGCACCCCGCCCUCGCCUCGCGCGACCAGCAGCUGCCCACCCCCCACUCCAUAUGCAGCAGCCCCGCCACCAGCUGCUGGAGUGAAGCCUCCUCCCUGCCGCUGCCUGGCCAGCCCGGGGUGGGGGCGGGCGGAGGGGCGGGGAGGCGGGUGCAUGCGCGCAUGGCGAUGGUGAUAGCGGGGAGCAUCCGCGGGCUGGUUGGGGCGCUGGAGGCGCAUGCGGUGGGCAGCCGGGACGACCUGGCGCUGAGCGAGCUCUUCCUCAUGAACAACCUCCACCACAUCGCCUCCCGCCUCUCCACGUCGAGCGUGGGCAAGCUGCUGGGGCUGGCAGAGGUGGGCGCGCAUGCCAAGCAUGAGGAGAGGCACCGCGACCGCUUCCUGGAGCUCUCCUUCGCCAGGUUCCACUGCCUGGUCACCAACGACAGAUUACGCAGACCUGACGCCAUCCGUCGAUUGGUGGAGUUCUGCAGUGUGCUGGGAGAUGUGCUAGCCAUGCAGCAGACCUGGGUGGUUCCCGACCCACACAAUGCUGCCACACUGCGAUCUGCCCUGCGCUGGGGCCUGCAGCAGAUGCUCCAGGCAUUCCUCGCCAAACACAG